GUGCAGCGCAGCCGGGCCGGGGCCGGCGACCGAGGCGUCGCGGCGGCGGGUGGAUGAGAGCUGGCCCCGAUCUCCGCGCCGGGGAGCCCGUCCGUCAUGUCCGGGUGAGGCAGAGGAGCGCCAGGCUGACCAUGCUGAGGAGGCUGGACCGGAUCCGGUUCAGAGGCCACAAGCGGGAGGACUUCCUCGACCUGGCGGAGUCCCCAAAUGCCUCGGACACGGAGGGCGGGGACGAGCUGCCCCUGAAGGUGCCCCGGACCUUGCCCCGGGACAGCGAGGAGCUCAGGGACCCCGCUGGCCCAGGGACCCUCAUCAUGGCCACAGGGGUCCAGGACUUUAACAGGACAGAGUUUGAUCGGCUGAACGAGAUCAAGGGUCACCUGGAAAUUGCCUUACUGGAAAAACACUUCCUUCAGGAGGAGCUCCGGAAGCUUCGAGAAGAAACCAACUCGGAGAUGCUGCGGCAGGAGCUGGACCGGGAGCGGCAGCGGCGGAUCGAGCUGGAGCAGAAGAUGCAGGAGGUGCUGAAAAGCAGGUCGGAAGAGCAGACAGUGCAGGCUCAGCAGCCACCGAAGGGGCCAAGCCAGGCCGGCAAUGGCACAGAACGGCGCGGCCAGGGACUGUCCUCGCGCGUGCACAAGUGGUUCUCGGAAAAGUUUGGGGAGUAUGUGGAGGACUUCCGCUUCCAGCCCGAGGAGAGCACGGUGGAGACCGAGGAGCCCCUCAGUGCCCGCAGGCUAACUGAGAACAUGAGACGCCUGAAGCGAGGUGCCAAGCCCGUCACAAACUUCGUGAAGAACCUCUCUGCCUUAUCCGACUGGUACUCGGUCUAUACCUCAGCUAUCGCCUUCACAGUGUACAUGAACGCCGUGUGGCACGGCUGGGCCAUCCCCAUGUUCCUGUUCCUGGCAAUUCUGAGGCUGUCCCUCAAUUACCUCAUCGCCAGGGGCUGGAGGAUACAGUGGAGCAUCGUGCCUGAAGUGUCAGAAGCCGUGGAAGCUCCAAAGGAAGACCUGACCGUGUCUGAAAAGUUCCAGCUGGUGCUGGAUGUCGCCCAGAAGGCCCAGAAUCUCUUUGGCAAGAUGGCUGACAUCCUGGAAAAGAUCAAGAACCUGUUCAUGUGGGUCCAGCCGGAGAUCACUCAGAAGCUGUAUAUCGCGCUGUGGGCCGCCUUCCUGGCCUCCUGCUGCUUCCCCUACCGCCUGGUGGGCCUGGCUGUGGGGCUGUAUGCUGGCAUCAAGUUUUUCCUCAUCGAUUUCAUCUUCAAACGCUGCCCGAGGCUGCGGGCCAAGUACGACACGCCCUACAUCGUGUGGCGGAGUCUCCCCACAGACCCCCAGCUCAAGGAGCGCGCCGGCGCCCCCGUGUCCCGCAGGCUGCAGACGGCCUCGUCACGGAGCUGCGUGUCCAGUGCGCCAGCCGGCCUGAGCAAAGAUGAAGAGGUGGGCCGCUUCCACAGCACCAAGAAGGGCAACUUCCACGAAAUCUUUAACUUGACGGAGAACGAGCGUCCUCUGGCCGUGUGUGAGAAUGGCUGGCGCUGCUGCCUAAUAAACAGAGACCGCAAGAUGCCCACGGACUACAUCAGGAACGGGGUUCUGUACGUGACGGAAAAUUACUUGUGCUUCGAAAGCUCCAGGUCUGGGUCGUCGAAGAGGAACAAAGUGAUCAAGCUGGUGGACAUCACCGACAUCCAGAAGUACAAGGUCCUGUCCGUCCUCCCGGGCUCUGGCAUGGGCAUCGCUGUUUCAACACCAUCCACCCAGAAACCCCUGGUGUUCGGCGCCAUGGUGCACAGAGAUGAGGCCUUCGAGACCAUUUUCGGGCAGUACAUGAAGAUCACAGCCGCGGCAGCCUCCGGUGGCGACAGCUAGUCCUGACGGGCGCCGCGGGUCCCUUCCAGACAGCGUGGUAGUGGAACCGACCCGCCGCCGCCGCCGCUUGGUCUUCUGCAAUAAUCCCCCUGGACCUGCCGUUCCUCACAUGUUGGCCGGGCUCUGCCCCCCCUCUGGGAGGGGCUGGGCUGCCCCGCCGGGGUGAAGCACUUUAGGCUACACGGGCCACACGGGCGUGCAAAGGAUCCUUGGGGCCUGCUGGAAGGACGCCGCCUCCAGGCCCCGCGCGCACGGCUCCUCGUUCUCCCCCUGGCCUGGGUGCAGACCCAGUGCCAGCCAAAGAGGCGCUGCUGACCCCAGCGCUCCGAGGCCAGAGGUGUGUCCCCAUCAAAGCCAUAGCACAGUGGGUUUGUGGUCCCUCCUGUGGGUUUGGCGAUGGUGAGCGGGGGCACGGAGGCCCCUCCAUGGCCUCCAAAACCGCCAGCGGUCUCUCUCGGCCUUCAGUGAGACCCAGGUGCCUCGCUGACCCUCAGCGCUGGCCCCGGGCGGGGUCAGGCACCGCCUUGUGUUCUGAGCUUGGCUCAUGGGGGCUGGUGAGGAGGGUCCCUCGGGUCCCAGGGGGUCCGGUCCUGGCCCACCACCCCCGUGGCAGAGGGAGGGGCGUGCAGGUAGAAGCACAUCUUUUCAGCACUUGGCUCUUCGGAAGGCCGGAGCGUGCCGGCAAGGCUUCGGGUGCUCUGCCCUUUGGUUGCUCUCAGGUGAAAGUCAGCUGGAGUCUGGCUGAUGGAUGGGGUAGGCCGGGGCCAGGCAGGCUGUGGGCCCCCGGGAAAGCCUGGCAGCGCCCUCCACCGUAGGGGCCACCCUAGCAUCUGACAGUAUUUCUGUUCUUGUGGCCGGCUCCGCCAGGGAAGCCCUGGCGCUCAGCCGAGCGCUGCGGACGCCUGAGCUCAGAGGCGCCAUUUCCUCUGGGACGCCCGUGUGGGACAUCAAAAACAGGGCACCUGCACCGCGGAGCCUGGCCCCUGCAGGGUGGGUCACCGAGCCCUCCAGACGUCAUUAAGAUUGUGGGUUGUUGUUUUUUUUUUUUUUGAAGAAACAGAUUAUAUUUUUUACAGAGAGCAAGCUGUUUUUCUUAUUUUUGUAUCAUUUUUCAGAUGUAAUUUUUACCUUUGCUCCGAUCCUCAUUUGCUGGUUUGGGUGUGAGGCCUAUGGCUUGGAUGGUGACCCCUUCAUCCCAGGGGCUUCCUGCUGGGGGGAGGGAACGGGGGCACACACCCACCGGCUAGAUCAAGCACACACCCCACCCUGGAGGGCGAAGGCUCCCCGCCACACAGGCAUGGCGUGGGCCAGGGCGAAGCGGCAGCCUCGUACACGGAGGAGGAGCCCUGCGGGGGGACCUACAGCUUCCCGUGCAGGGGGCGGGGAAGGAGCACCCGUGGGAGCUCUAGGCGCCCGUGGGGAGGCAGGGUGAGCCCUGAUCUGUGCCCAGAGCCGCGGCAGUGCCCCUCGCAGGCCGGAGGGGAGCCUGAGCAGAGAGAGGCAGAGUGGUUUAGUUUGAGCCCUUUUACAGAGAAAGGGAGAUGAAGACUUGACCACAUGGCAGGUGCCCGGCCCCACUGCGUGGCCCUUGGCGGCCAGGGAGACGAGGGCAGCCCAAGCCAACACUGCCAGCAGGUCCUGGUGCGGAGCCCACGGGGCGGGCAGGCUAGGCCCAGGCUCUGGGCCUCCUGCCAGGGAGACCGCGCUUUGUUGCAGGUGGCGUAAGUCUGGGUGGGUAUUUAAUUUCUAUGACUAGUCACCGAAGUAGAUUGAAUGUUACCUUUUGUAUGUCUGAAGCCUGAGUCUAUUUUGAGCUGUACGUAAUGGUUGCUGGCGUUAAGGGUUGUCCUCUAUGAAGAACGGAUGGGAGAAGCCUCCGUCACAUUUUUUUAAAGAAAACCUUGUUUAAAGAAAGUCUUGUAUACAUUAUAAUUUUAUUUAAAUAAACCUAAAAUGCUUUGUGCCAAG